UCUCUAUGCGAAUGUACGAUCGAUCCCAUGAACUUACAUACAAUGCACGAAACUCAAUUCAACGUGAAUUUAAACCGGUCAAACUACGAGUAAAAUAGGAAUAUCAUACUUCAUGGGCAAUAUAUAAACCGAGGAAACAAGAAGGAAAAUAACCAAAAUGACGGAGGUACUUUCAGAACUGGUUUCAGAUGCCAAACGACACAAGUUUUCAACGAUUCCCAAACUCUCCGAUGAUGAUAUUGUGAGUGUGUGGGAAAAUGUUGCCAACUUUGUGGAGCGGCACAUGGCCCAGCAAAAGGGAGUUCAAAUCCAUGCUCUUGGGACAUUCACCUUUACCCAGAAGAAGAUUGAUAUUGGAAAUAAUAAGUUUAUCCUCAUCCAGAGGCCUGUCUUUGUACUCUCAGAGAAGUUUGCGCAGACCCAUGGACUCAGUUACACUAAACAUUUCACCUCAGGUCAAGUCCCCAUCGUUCAACUCAACUUUGCAACACUUUCCAAUGAGAGCCCCUUUGAUCGUGACACUGUAGAGGGAUGUGUUCGUGAAGUUCUUCAGGCGCUUUCUCGUUGUGUCCAGUCUAAGAAGAAUGUAGAAUUCACCUUUACCGGCAUCGGACGUCUGACAAUCCGUGAUAGCAAAGUCAAGAUGAAGUUUUAUAAGGAUUUCCUCAAUAUGAUGGAUGGUUCUGGUCGUCUAGUUGAAGCUCUCAGAAAUCGACCUGAUACAGCAGACUCUGUGCUAUCGAGGGCCAGUGUUUUCAGACCAGCCACAGGUGGUACAGUUGUUCUACCAAAAAUCACUCAGGGUGCAGGCAAGGAUGGAUUCAGUUUUGAGAACGAGGAUAAAGAGCGUCAGAUGCCUGCUAUCGAAGAGGUCAGAGAGAUUGAAGAACGUGGAGAGUCGCGCCUUGGUGACGCUCCCGAACAGGAAGAUGAGGGGCUUGGUAGAGAAAUAGAAGAUGAAGCACCCAAGAAACCGGCCACACCGGUGCGGCCCUCAUCCCGGCAACUAAUCCCCACGGCCAAGGCAACCAGCUUAAGCCUCCUAGAUGACCUUGCCCCGUCCCCACCCCCUCAACCCAGAGGCCUAAAAGGCACCCCGUCACCCCCUCCAGGCAAGCCCCCUUCCCCCAAGGGGGAACUCCCUCCUCCACGCUCCCCUGCAGAGAUCCGUGAAUCCCUCGCAAAUGAAGCCGAGGCGAUGGAGAGGUCCAGAUCCGCCUCUUGCUCGCAUGCCCAUGAGAAAGCAGGACAGGAACUGUGCUAUCUCUGCCACCAGAGGGCGGUGCGCAAUGUACCUGUAUCGUUCGAGGCUGAGAGGAAGAGGAAGGAACAGGAGCAAGAUCGAUUGUUGCAACAGUUUCAGCAUUUGAAAGACACAGAGUCUAUUCUUAGAGAUCAGGCUCAGAAUAUGUCUAACAAGCAUCAUUCCCAGAAGAUAGCAGCCUUUAAUCUCGGUGUUAGUGAGGCAAUUAAGAACAAGCAGAAGGAAAGAUCCACAGAAUUUCAUAGAUCGUACGUAUUCCAAAACCGUGCCCGGACUCCGCCACGCUUCCUGAAGCAGGAGGAGUAUGCUGCUCAUCUUGGAUCUCAGGUAGAAGCUAAAGCCACUGACAGGGUCAAACGCAAGCAAGACACAGACUUCCUGGAGAGGCUAGAACAAGUGCAACUGGCAGAAGAGCUUUCAGCACAGAGGGAGAGAUACCUCAGAGAUAAGAUGGAACAAACCGAUAUGUACAAGAGGGCACUCUCAGCUCAGGUGCGUUUCAAGCCUCUACCAUUGCCAGGGGCAGUGCCCGACUCUAAGGAGCCUAUCUUUGGCAAGUUUGACGCCACCAACGAGCAGCUUGCCGAGCGAAGGCGGCGAGCCAUUGAGGUCUUUCAGGAGCAGAUCUCAGCAGUAGAGAACAGACGAAAGACCAACCUGUCUAACCAUGUCAAGACCCAGAAUGAAGAGACAGACAUGCUGGAGAAGACUCGUAGAGAAUUGAUCGCUGACCGUGCGGCUCGCUUUGAGCAGGCAUUCCAGACGAGGAAAUCCCUGGAGGAUACGUGGAAGGAGGCGACGGCCCUCAAGAAGAGUCGGGAGGAGGAGCAGAUGCUCAAACUCCAGAGCCCCGGCAUCCUUCUCCACGAGCAGUGCGACCAGUACCACCGAUGUGAGCAGUGCCUGCGAACGCUGAAGAACUGCGGCGAAUCCAACAUAUGGAGCGAAUCCAGAUACAUCCCCGGCUCUCGUCUAAUUAUGUAGUAAUAUUUGGUAGAUUCCAUAACAAAAUUAUUGAAAUGGUCCUCUUUAUUGCUGUGUAAUGAUACUCAUUCCAUUAAAAAAAAUAAAGCACAUCUAAAUGAUUUGAUUUUUAAGCACACACACAAUAAAAAAAUCAUAGUGAAUUGAACUGAUAAUGGAAUAAUCAGGAAAUGAUAAAUUGAUUAUACAGUGAUAUGAAUAAUGUUAAAAUUGAUAAUUUGAAAAUGCUAAAAUAAUUCUUUAGUGAUAUGAAUAUAAAAGGUAAAAGGUAAAGUUUUGUCACAGAUUUUUAUUAAAAAAAGAGGGAAAGUUGGAUGUGGCACAUUUCGGGAUCAUGCACACCAUAUUCUGUAUGGACAUUUGUUGUGAUUUCACAAUAAGUUAAGUGUUUAUAUUCUCUUAAUUUUGAAUUGGACAUAUUACAUUGAAAUAGAAGUGCUAUAUAAAUAUGAAUAAAUUGUUAAAUUGUACAAAUGUAGAGCUGGAACUCUGUCAUCCCUUAUUGAGUGUGAGAUAUAUACUUCUAUGCAAGUAGUUAUGAAUUAGGAAUACAAAUAUUUAGAUUUGAAUAUCAACAUGCCUUGAUCUGUUUCUAUGGUCAGUCUUUUUUCUUGUACCUUGAAUGGUACUUUUCAAAAUGCUGGUGUUGAAUUUUGCUUGAUGCCUGGAUAGAGAUGGCAGUUCUAUGCAAAAUAACUUCCAAGUGUCUUAAAAAAACUGAAAUGGUUAAUAUUGUUGGACUAUGCAUAUGUGGAUAGAAAGCCAAUACUUUUGCAGAACAAAUAAAAUGUGAACAAAGAGUGUGUGCCAUCAUUAAACAAAUUAAAGUGGUUAUAAUCAGGUUAUUUUGAGAUGAAACAUUGAAAUGAAAUAUUUGUGAGCUAUUAUGUGAUAUUAUAUGAAAUUAUGCAGUAAUGAAUGAAUUAUUCAUAGUAAUGUGUAUUUAAAAGUAUGCUUUUUGUAAAUUUGAUUAUGAAACAGAAAGAGUGGUCAUCUUUGCUAUUAAAUCAUGCAUUCAGAUUGGUAAUUGAACAAUUAUUUAAGGAAAAUGAGUUAAUUUUUUUCUUCGCCUUGUAGAUUUUUUGUAAGAAGAGGCUUCUUUUAUCUGGUCAGUAUAGUGUGAGAAAAUAUAUUUCUGAAGAAGUGAAUUUAACUGGCAUGUUCCUUGAAUACAAAGAGAUGCGAUCAAUAUUUGCAAUCAAUUGUAACUAAUAGUACAUGGUUCUCCAUAGCCUUAAAUUUAGAUUUGAUCAUGCAACAAUUGCAUUAAUUUUAUAACAGGGUCACUGUGGGUGUUGUGAGAAAUAUUUGUGAUCAAUUUUACAUUUCUGAUGCCAAUUUACAAUUGAUAUUAUUAGUUGUAACCAGAUUAAAUUGUUUUUUACUACUUGAUUGAAGAAGCAGACUAGCAAUCAAGUGCAACAUUUGCAAUUAAUUACCAGACUGAUGAUUGAUAUUGAUCCCAAAUUGACUUGCAAUCGAUUGCAAGUAUCUUGCAACGCUCCAGUGGACUUGAUAGGACAUUGAUGUAAAAAAUACUACUGUCUAUUUUGUAUGUUCAGGGGCCCGUUGCAGAAAGAGUUGCGUUUAAACGCAAGUCAAAAAAUCAAUCGCAA